CCCUCAUUUUCUGAAACGCAGAGAAUCCAAGCCUGCUCUCUCUCUCUCCCCUCUCUCAAUCGAUAAUGGAUGCAAAGAUCCAUUGAUCUACGCUAUCAAUGUUGUAGCGAAGUUCGUGGCUAGAUUACAGGAGCAGAGUUUUAUCAGCUCGGGAUUCUGUCAACAGAUACUAAUUUGCUUUCCUUAAUUAUUUUGUUUGUAAAUCAAUUUUUUUUUUCCUGGGGCGUCAAAUGGCUUCGAGUUUUGAUCGGUGGGAGAAGGACCCUUUCUUCUCUGCGGCGGAGGAAGUUCAAGAAUCUGCCGACAGGUUAGAAUCAACGUAUAGAACAUGGAUUCAUGCGAAGAAAAACGCUUCUGGUAUGUGGGAUUUUGAAGAACUACGCAGGGAUCUUCAAACUGCCCUUGGCACCACCAAAUGGCAGUUGGAGGAGUUUGAACGUGCUGUCAGGUCAAGUCAUUCUAAUAAUUCCAACGAUGAUGCAAGGGACAGACACCAUGAAUUCGUUGUUGUUAUUGAGGACCAAAUUUCAAGAAUUCAAGACUCUUUACAGGAAUCAGCUAUUUCAGAGGGAAAGCCUCCAGUGCCUUGGGUGCAUUUAGAUGAAGGUGAGUCCAAUGAGUUAGCAUUGUUCUUGUCGGGUCCGGCAACAUCUGGAGGCAGCUCUUAUGUUAAAGUUCAAGGAAGAAACAAUGAAUUCCCAAAAAAUACAGUCAAGGAACUGGCACCUGAUUUUUCAAAGAACUCAAGCCUUUCAACUGAGUCUCAUGGGCAUCGUCGAACUGCUAGUGCUAGUGCUUAUAUUGGUGCUUGGGAGAUUGCAAUAAGUGAUGAUGCUCAUCCCCCGAAUUUGCCUAAUGGUCAGCCCCCGGUACCCCCACGAAAGAUACCCAGUUUAUCUGGAUUUUUAAGUACCAUGGAAUCUGCAUCAAACUGGCCGAAGAACGGUGUUAGGAAGUGGAAGGCUGUGGAUCGUCAUGAAGGAGCGGAUACAGCACUUUUGCCAUCUUUGCAGUUGACCAAGGGUAUCAAUGCAUGUUAUGAAAAAAGUAAGAGUUGCAUUGAUAGUUGUGAUGAUUAUUAUGAUAAGCAAUUUCAUGGCUGGUAUGGAGCUAUACAAAGACAGCUUCAACGAUCUCAAUAUCAGAUGCAAUAUAGUCGGCCAGUGCAAGUGGGUCUUUGGAUUGUACUUUUUCUUUGUUUGAUUGGGAAGUAAGGGGAAUAAAGUUAUCAUGUCCUGAAGUUUAUGUUGGAAGGGCAAGGGAUUGGAGAUGAUCCCUUCCCUGCCAUUCUCCUUCUUUUGCUUCAAAAUUGUCCGUCCCAAUUUGGUGGGGAAAUGGAGGUUUUAAUUGCCCGCGCAACCUAGAAGAAACUGUUGAAUCUUCAUCCAGCUCUUCCGCACAUGGCGUCUAGGAUCCAUGAGAACAUGGAUUUCUUCCUGUUGACUUGUUGGAUGUUGCUGGAGGUACGUUUGGACAACAUAUGAUCUCCUUCCUCUUCUUGUAUUCACCUUACCCAUCCAGUUUUGAUAAUGAAGGGGGUGAUAUUGUUGUAUUAUUAGAAGAGAUGAGGAAUAACAGAUUAAAAGUGUUUUGAGAAUUGUUGCUUGUCCCAAUUGAUCCUGUAAUAUAUGUAGUUUUAGUUUUGAAUUCA